CGAUGGAAAAGCGCCGACGCGUCGAUCUAUGUCUCGGAAAUCGAUUGCUCUCCUCUGCUGUCUGGCGGAGUCGAUCCCAGAUAUCCACUCGUCGCUGAUGCAACACAUUGACAGGUUCCACUCGGUUUAUACAUCGACCUCAAAAGUGUUAAGACAUCAACUCUAAGGAGCGAGGCACCAUGGGAGAACAGCUGAGCCCAGAUGAGAAGCUUCACCUCAUCACUAGGAACCUUCAGGAGGUGCUUGGAGAAGAGAAGAUAAAGCAGGUCCUGUCAGAGAGGGAACUGAAGGUGUACUGGGGAACUGCCACCACAGGAAAACCCCAUGUUGCCUACUUCGUCCCCAUGUCCAAGAUUGCGGACUUCCUCAAGGCAGGGUGUGAGGUGACCAUCCUGUUUGCAGACCUGCACGCGUUCCUGGACAACAUGAAGGCUCCCUGGGAGCUGCUGGAGCUUAGGGUCCAGUACUACGAGCAGGUGAUCAAGGCCAUGCUGGAGAGUAUCGGGGUGCCGCUGGACAAACUCAAGUUCAUCAAAGGGACAGACUUCCAACUCAGCAGAGAGUACACUCUGGACGUGUAUCGUCUGUCGUCCAUGGUAACGGAACACGACGCUAAGAAGGCUGGAGCCGAGGUGGUUAAACAGGUGGACCACCCUCUACUCAGUGGUCUGCUCUACCCUGGACUACAGGCUCUGGAUGAGGAGUAUCUGAAAGUUGACGCCCAGUUUGGAGGAGUCGAUCAGAGGAAGAUCUUCACCCUGGCUGAGAAGUACCUGCCCUCUCUGGGCUAUGCUAAGCGGUCCCAUCUGAUGAACCCCAUGGUACCAGGACUGACUGGAGCUAAGAUGAGUUCUUCAGAGGAGGAGUCUAAGAUUGACCUCCUGGACAGGAAGGAAGAUGUGAAGAAGAAGCUGAAGAAGGCUUUCUGUGAGCCGGGCAACAUUGAGAACAACGGAGUCCUCUCAUUUGUCAAACAUGUCCUCUUCCCACUCGUAGGAGAGUUCUCCAUCAAAAGAGACCCCAAGUUCGGAGGAGACAAAACCUACACAGACUUUGAGGAAGUGGAGAAAGAAUUUGGCGAAGAGCUGAUCCAUCCUGGUGACCUGAAGGCGGGCGUGGAGGUGGCCCUUAACAAGCUGCUCGACCCAAUCAGGAAGAAGUUUGAGUCUCCAGAGCUCCGUAAACUCUCCAACACGGCCUAUCCAGACCCGGCAAAGAGCAAGGGAGCAGGGAAGGGGAACCCUAAAGUAGCAGAAGAGGAUGAGCUGGUUCCCUCCAGACUGGACAUCAGGGUGGGCAAGGUCAUCAGUGUGGAAAAGCAUCCGGAUGCUGAUUCGCUGUACCUGGAGAAGAUAGACGUCGGAGAGGCGGAGCCAAGGACGGUGGUGAGCGGCCUGGUGGCCUACGUUUCCCAGGAGGACUUGCAGGACAGGCUGGUGGUGUUGCUAUGCAACCUGAAGCCCCAGAAGAUGAGGGGGGUGGAGUCCCAAGCCAUGCUGCUCUGUGCCUCCAUUGAGGGGGAUCCCAGAAGAGUGGAGCCUCUUGACCCCCCUGAGGGGUCUCAGGUGGACCUGAAGGUGUCGUUGAGGUGCCAGUAUACUGAGGGUUUCUGUCUCUCUCUCUCUCCAGGUGGACCUGAAGGUGUCUCUCUCUCUCCAGGUGGACCUGAAGGUGCCAGUAUACUGAGGGUUUCUGUCUCUCUCUCUCUCUCUCUCCAGGUGGACCUGAAGGUGUCAGGACAGUGUGUAGCCCAGUGGCAGGACAAACACCUGAUGACCAAACUGGGACACAUCACCUGUAAAACACUGAAAGGAGGCAACAUCAGCUAAGAGACACACUGUCAAUCAACACACGUCACCACGGCAACGUCACUCACACUGUCAAUCCCUUGAUGCGCUCUCUACUUGCCCAGCUUACCUUCCCCAGAGAACCUCAACACACGUCACCACGGCAACGGCACUCUCUCUUCCUGCCCCGGAGAACUAAUCAUUCAUAUUAAUAAUAAUACCGUGAUCAAUCUAACGAGGCGAUCCGGGUUUAAAUAAAACUUAGUAGUCUUAUUUACUAUCGAUAUCUCUGCUGUGUUUUCCCCUCCUGAUGGUUAAGUAAUCGUAUGGCUCUGUAAUCCUUGAAGUUAAUGUCGAUGUCUGGUGCCCUCUGGUUUUAAAAACAUUGUUUCAUGUGGUCUGGGGAAAAUAUGGAACGACUUCAGCAAGCCAUCAGCAGUCUCUACUGUCCACUACCAUGUCUUAGAUCAUCCACCUCGGACCUUAUCCUUUAGUGCAGAGAUCUAUUGCGUUGGUAAGAGAAUGCUAGUGGGAUGUGAUAACGGGUGAAUCGGGCAGGUUAUACCGGUCCUUUCCUGUGGAAACGCUGCCAUUACUCUUAUGUCAUCAUCAUAAUCAUCAUCAUCAUCAUCUGGAAAAUGAAAUAAACCGGUUGAAUUCA